AUGUCCUUAACUAAUCAAGAAUCUUUAGACGAUUUAUUGUUAUCAAUAUCGGAAUCAGUUGAUUCCACAGCAUCUGUGCUUGGUAAAAUUGAGAAUGAUUUCGACUUGAAUAAUACAGAGAUACAAAAUGAACUUGUUAACUCAUUGGUCAAGACAUUGGACUUAUCUUCCAACCCUUUAGAUUCUUUAUCCUUGUUAUCCUUGAAGAAUUCUGCAUUACUGGGCUAUGUGACUGAUUUAGCAUUGCUAAUGGCAUUAAGGUUAAAAAGUUUAAAAGAGCAGGAUAAAAAUUCAUUAAAUCAAGAGAGGGAUAAUUUAUUGAAAUCAACAGUAACAAAUCGUGUUGUAUUAGAGAAGGGGGUGAAGUCAUUAGAAAAUAAGAUGAGCUAUCAACUAGAGAAAAUGGUAAAUGCAUACCAUAGAAGGGAAAAAGAACAAGAUGAUGUUGAGAAAAAGAUAAACGAGAAUAACGCUUCUGAUGUUGGCGAUGUUGGAAGUAGCUCUGAAGGUAGUGACGGUGGUGAAGAAGAAGAAGAAGAAGAAGAAGAAGAAGAAGAAGAAGAAGGACUGAACUUUAAACCAAAUCCAUCUGCUUUACUAAACCGUAAAAACCAAAAUGUAAACUCAGGCAAAACAAUGGCAGGGGGAGAUGACAACGAAGGGGAGGCUAAAUCUAAUGAAAAAUAUAGGCCUCCAAAGAUUUCUGCUACUGCCAUCAAUGAUCCAGAUAAGCAAGUCAAGGGGAGAAAACAAAGAAACCUACAAAGUAUGGAUGAAUAUCUACAAGAUAUCAGUGAAGCUCCAUCCAUGGAAAAAUCUAUCGGUUCAACCAUUAUCAACAAUGGUAGAGAUAUGAAGUCUAGAAAACAAAUGGAAAAAGAAGCUGAAAUCCAACGCUAUGAGGAAGAAAACUUUACCAGACUACCAGCUACAAAGACAAAGGAAGACAAAAGAGCUCGUGCCAAGAGAAUGCGGAAUGAAUUCAUGGGUGAAGAUUGGAGUAUGUUUGAUAACAACAUGAACCCCGAUGAAGCCUCCGGCGCAAAGAAACGGAAGAGAUUAAGUGCAUGGGAAAGAGCAAAACGGAAAAUCGAUCAUUAA